CCAGAAGUCCAGGAACGUCUGUGUUGUGUGUUCAGAGCUGAGACAUGGCUGCUUCAGCUCAUCUCUUGCUCCUCGCGAAACCUUCUACUCCACAUCUAGUCCCUGCGUUCCCUCGAACAGGUUCCAAUCAGCACAAGAACGCUCGGUUCAAAUGCCUGGCCAGCCAGAGCGGGUUCUUCACGCGACUUGGCAGAUUGAUAAAAGAGAAAGCCAAAAGCGACGUGGACAAACUCUUCUCAGGAUUCUCCAAAACCAGAGACAACCUAGCCGUGAUUGACGAACUCCUCCUCUACUGGAACCUAUCCGAGACCGACCGAGUCCUCGACGAACUCGAAGAGAUUCUGUUAGUAUCUGAUUUUGGGCCAAGAAUCACGAUUAAGAUUGUGGAGAGCUUGAGGGAGGAUAUACUAGCUGGGAAGCUCAAAUCAGGCAGCGAAAUUAAGGAUGCUUUGAAGAGGAGUGUACUUGAUUUGUUAACCAAGAAAGGAAAUAAGACUGAUCUUCAGCUUGGAUUCAGGAAGCCCGCUGUUGUUUUGAUUGUUGGCGUCAAUGGAGGUGGGAAGACAACGUCUCUUGGAAAGCUGGCAUAUAGGUUGAAGAAUGACGGGGCAAAGAUAUUAAUGGCAGCGGGUGAUACAUUUAGGGCUGCUGCCAGUGACCAGUUGGAGAUAUGGGCUGAAAGAACUGGAUGUGAUAUUGUUGUGGCUAAAGAGGAGAAGGCCAAAGCAUCAUCAGUUCUUUCACAGGCUGUGAAAAGAGGGAAAGAAGAAGGCUUUGAUGUUGUUUUGUGUGACACAUCAGGACGUCUUCACACGAACUACGGCCUGAUGGAAGAGUUGAUAGCGUGUAAGAAAGCUGUUGGCAAAGUUGUUCCUGGUGCACCUAAUGAGAUCCUUCUGGUGCUAGAUGGGAACACUGGUUUAAAUAUGCUUCCACAAGCGAGAGAGUUCAAUGAAGUGGUUGGAAUAACUGGUUUGAUUUUGACUAAACUUGAUGGUUCUGCAAGAGGUGGCUGUGUGGUCAGUGUUGUAGAUGAGCUCGGCAUCCCUGUAAAGUUUGUAGGUGUUGGAGAAGGUGUUGAAGACCUGCAACCCUUUGAUGCAGAGGCGUUUGUUAACGCUGUAUUUUCAUGAGGUUUAAAUUGUGGCAGAAUACAUGACUAUGAAUCAGAGCAAUUAGUCUUGCUAGUUGCUGAAAGUUCUUGGCUACACGAUCCUGCACGACUAUGAGAUGUGGAAGCUUAAAAGGCACUUUGUCAUGAGGCCGACAACUGGCGUUGCACUUUGGUUUCAGUUGCAUGUUAGAUGCUGUUUAGAUCCCAUACGCCACUCUUAUCCCAUUUUCACCCGACAGAUUACGCCCUUAAACUUGUAAACAAAUGUUCCUUCUUCACUGUAAUAGAAAGUUCUUUCAGAUUUGAUCCUGAAAUGAUACUCCUGAAAUUUCGGAUUAUGGCAUGCUUAUGAAACUGAGCUUUUAACUUGUAUUUGAGCUAUUGUAAGAAAUUCUUAUAAUUAGAUGCUAUUACUCAAUUUCUAGAA